CCGUAAAUAUGAUGUCAUUAGACGAUGACCGCCGCGUUUGAGUACUAGGACUUUUUCGUGUGGGGCAAAUGUGCUUUUGAUUGAAAGUAUGUCCAAGGCCAACCUUUUGAAUGUAUUCUGGCGUUUCGGUUUUUUGUAAUUUAUGCAAAUAAGGAUGUUUUAUAACCAAUCAGAGUUUGAUUGGGCAAUGCGGUUGAUUGCGUAAUUAGCAAGGGGUUUGGUAGACGCAAUGAAAUGUGUCUUCUAAAGAUGUGAUGUUAGACAUUCCUUGGCGGUUAUCGUUUUAGUAAUAUGUGUUCGUUGUUCCAACCAGGAGGUAUCAUUAUUUAUAAAGGAAUAUAAUUUAUGUUAAUAAACUGGCAUGUGUAUUUUCAACCACUCUAAUCCAACAACGGUUUAAAAUAUUUCCGUCUGGUCACAUGAUGUAUUAUACUUAAAGGAAUUUACCAACAUUUACAUUGCCUUAUGGUUCAUACUGUGUAGAAUAAUAUAAUUCGUUUUUUUUGUAUUGGUUUUUCUUAACACUAUUCCAUUAGACGUUCAUUGUUGCGUGUGUUUCAUAACGCAUACCCUCUGGACGCAGGCUUCAAAGACAAUGGUUACAAUGCACAAUAAUAUCAGCAGUGAAUUUGUUUACAACUGUUCUGUUAAUUGCAUUUUCUGUUCGUUUUGAGCGACGCUUUCGUUUCCUUUCUGUGAAAAUUGACACUAUUGAUUUACGUGUUCUGUGAUCGACUACGUCAGCCUGGCUCUUCUUUAGGUUUGCGUCUAAUUUAAUGAGGGUAUUCAAAGAUUAGGUUAUGAUUUUGUUGUAUGUAUGUUGUUCUUGUAUAAUGUUCAGGAUGUUGUCAACUUUAUCAUGAUUAUUGUACCUGCCUCUUGUUUAUAGAACUUACAAUUCUCUAAAUAAAAAAAAAAGUUGUUUUUUUUCAAUUGCUACGUUUGAGUGUUUCAUUGUUUGGCUGAAUGCUGAAAUGGGUGUAUUAAAGGUGUCAACACACUUUGUUGGGAUGGGAUGGUUUCAUUUCAAUGCAAAGCCCUCCAAGCCUCACGCUCUACCGCCAUCUGCUGGUCACGUGCCGUCAGUGCAGGGGCCACGGUUUCCUGACGGAAGUUUGCGGUUGCGUAGCAACAGAGCAGCGCAUCAACCUGAUCCCCUUUAUUUCCUUACAGUUGACAUCAAAUUCACAGCCAGGCAGUCUGAUGAUGGAGAAUCCAGGCAGCGAGGGGGAAGGAGAGGAGAUGGAGCAGGCUAUUGGCCAGGACCCCAGCAACGUACCAGUUGAAACGGAUGCAUUAGGUGAUAGUUCCGAUGGAGAACAGACUGAACCUGGGCCAGACGAGAGGCCUGGCAGGCCUGAGGAUGCAGUACCCCCCCUCUCAGAGCCAGACGAUGUUGCUGAAGAUCAAACGACCCCUUGGUUCCCCACAGCAGAGGGGAGCAGGGAGGAAGAGGAGGACGAGGAAGAAGAAAAGAUCAUUCUUGACCCCGACCAUCCUCUGGUCAGAGGGUUCCAGAACGCUCUGAAGAACCAGCUCACCAGGAAGCUGCAGAGACUCGAACUGGACCUGAAGGAUAAGAACGCCCAGCUAAAGGCGGAGGCCAAGGGGGUGCAGGAGCUGGGGGAGAAGGUGUACCAGGUGCAGGCGGCGCUGGCCCGGCGCCAGUCCCAGCUGGAGGACCACCACCGGACCUCCGCCCAGACGGCCUCCGACCGCCGGGAGGCCCAGGAGAAGCUGGAGGUGGUCAAGAAGCAGUACAGCCGCACCACCAGCGAGGUGGCCCAGGAGAGGAGCCAGGUCUCCACGCUGCGGACGGAGAAGGAGAACCUCUUGCGUCGCCUCUCCUACAUGCAAGAGGUGAACACCGAGCUGGGUGCUGACAUCGAGGCCAUGAGGAACGCCACGCGCAAGGCGCAGGCCGAGAAGAGCCAGGCGGAGCAGUACAAGUACAAGCAGGACCUGUACGUGGACCGUCUGACCAAAGACCUGGAGAGGGUGACGGAGCAGGCGGCCGUGUACGAAGCCCAGGGCGCUGCCCAGAAACGGGAGACGCAGGCGGUCAGCGAGACCCUGUCUGAGGUCCAGCUGGAGACGGAUUCCCUGGCCAUGGAGAAGAGGCAGCUGCUGCAGCAGUGGGACAGCAGCCUGGUGGGCAUGCGCAGACGGGACGAGGCCUUCAGCGCCAUGCAGGACGCCCUGCGCCUGGGGCAGCAGCAGUCCCGGGCCCUGGAGGGGGAGUUGGACGGGUACCGCCGGUCGAUCGUCCGGGAGCAGGAGAAGAACGAGGCGCUCACCCUGCAGCUGAAGAGGGCCCAGCUGGACGCCGUCAACUCCACCAAGCUGAUUGGCCAGAGCCGGGCCCGGCAGGAGGCGCUGCAGGCCGAGUACAGCACCUACGCCCGCACGCUGACGGAGACGGAGCGCCGCCAUGCUAACCUCCAAGUGCUGCUGGGCGAGCAGCGGGCGGAGCUUACCGGCCUGGGGCGGGGCCUGGAGAAGGAGAGCGGCGUGCGUCUGGAGCUGGAGGAGCGCGUCGUGACCCAGAUGCAGAAGGGCCUCAUCCACGACAAGGACGCCAAGUACAGCAAGCAUCUGGCCGGCAAGAUGGCCACGCUCAAGAAGGAGCGGAUGAGCCAGCUGUGGAAGCUGGAGGCGGAGGUGGCAGCGGCGGGGCUGGCGAGCAGCGAGGCCAGCCACCGGCUGGACGCCCUGGCGGUGGAGCGGGCCUCCCUGGAGGCGGUGGUCUCCAAGCAGAACCGCGUCCUGGCCACCAGCCAGGCCAAGGUCACCAGCUGCAUGACCAUCAUCGAGCGCAACCAGGCCACCGUCAACGGCUACAACAGCAAGAUCCAGAAGAUCACCGCCAGCACCGGGAGCGCGGAGCUGACUCCUCUUCAGAUGCAGGCCCAGGCCCUGGGCGGGCAGCUGGAGGAGCUGGAGGCGUCCAUCAAGAAGGAGCAGCAUCGCUGGAGCGUCCAGCAGGGGGUGCUGGUGGCUCUCACCCAGGAGCGGCAGGCCAACGGCGAGAAGACCCGCAAGCUGCACACCCAGCACACCAUCCUGCAGCAGAGGAAGCUACGCACCCAGAGUGAGCUGCAGGCGGAGCGGCGCGAGCAGGCGGAGCUGGCUAAGGGCAUGUCCUCGAUGAGGGGGGACAUGCUGAAGCUCAGCUCCCUGAUCAGCAAGAACGACCAGCAGCAGCAGGCCCUGGAGCAGGACAACAGCCUGAUGGAGGCCGAGUUCACCCAGAAGCUCAAGGAGGCAGAGAGGGAGUCAGUGGACAUGCUGAUGAGGCUGGAGAAGAGCCAGGAGGAGAAGGAGAAGCUGAUCAACAGCCUGGUGGAGGCAGAGCGGCAGGUCAUGCUGUGGGAGAGGAAGAGCCAGCUGGCCAGGGAGACGCGCGCCGCCCUGGACUGUGACGCGGGCCAGGGGGACAUCAGGGCCAUGAAGGCCGAGAUCCAUCGCAUGGAGGUGCGCUACGGCCAGCUGCAGAAGCAGCAGGAGCGUCUGCUGCGGGAGAGCGAGGCCACGGUGGAGCGGCGGGAGACCCUGCUGCUGCAGGCGGAGCGGGGGGCCGGGGGGGCCCGCGAUGGCAAGCAGACCACCACCGUCAGCCAGAUGCACCGCACCAACCAGGGCCUGCGCCGCAAGAUCCAGGACACCAACAAGAAAGCGUCAGAAAACGAGGAGGUGAUCAAGGAGAUGCAGGAGAGCCAGGUGUGUCUCGGCCUCGGCAUAUCAGAGAAGAAGCAGGAGCUGUCGGAGCUACGAGGAACCCACGCCGACAUGACCUCGGACAUCCACAACCUCCAGGACACCAAGGAGAGGAACCUGUCCCAGCUGGUCUCGCUCCAGGGCCGGGCCAAGCUGCUGCAGGCGGUGCGUGACGGCCGCUACACGCCGCUGUCCACGCCCGAGGCCGUGGACGAGGCGCUGCGGCGGCAGUGGGAGCGCGUGCACGCCGUCAGCGCCAUCCUGCACCGGGUCUGCCAGGAGUCCCCCCAGAACCAGGGGGCGCUGCGGGCCCUGACCCGCUCCCUGGCCGCCCGCGUACAGGCCUCCUCCCCGGGGCCCGACACGGCCUGAACCGGCCCCAAAGAAUAUCAUCAUCAUCAUCAUCCUCAUCCUCAUCCUCAUCCUAGUUUAUUUUAUCCAGUCCGGAAUUGUUCCUCUCCCGAGGGUGGGGGCCUGUCUGACUGGUCGUGAACGCCCUCUCCACGCAGGGCGCCUCUUUGACGUGCGUUACCUCGGUCCUAACUCGAUCCCGCCGCUCUGCCUCCUCCCACGCCUUCUUCUGUCCUUCUGGUCUCUUCUCAGCCUUCCCAUUCAGGAAGGGGAAGGUGGAGGAAAAGGGGGUGGGGUUGUUUAUUGAAGAGAUUCGUACAAAGGAAUAGAAGGGUAAGAUGAGAUGAAGGGGCGAUGGCGAUGAAAGACGGGCAGAUGAGAAUGGAGGGAAGUCGAUCCGAUGGAGGAAGUGAUUAUUUUAGUAUUUAUUUUAAUCCGUUAGUAGCUGUUCUUUUUGUCAUCCAUUUGUCCGUCCUGCAAACUUCUCGCUAAUUUACCUCCUAAGUUAAUAAACUUGUUAUUUUCAUGUUAUUUAUGGAAUGAUAAUGUGGUUACAUUCUUGUUGUGUUGCUGUUACCAGUGUGUUUUAAAUAUUUAAAGCGCUAAACAAACACCCA